AAGAAGGUGACGACUCGUAUGGUGGCUGGUGGGAUAUCCUUUACGCGCACACAGGAAGGAGUUGAGGUUUUGGGCUGCCAACCUUACCCCCUGGGCGGCUGAUCUGCUCAGCUCUGUGACCUCAGCACUGACGCAGCCUCCUAUGCUGCUAUAACAGACUCGUCUUCUUCUUCGUUCUUCGUUCUUCAUUUUCUCUUCUUCUUCUUCUUCUUCUUUGGAGGUUUGGUGAAACAACGCAGACGCAGCAAAUGGCUUCUAUCAACCUCUAUUGCUCCCCAAUGGCUCUCUUCCCUUCUCAAAGGAACAAUUGUUUAUAUCCCGGGACUUCGGUUAAGCCAAAUGGGUGCGUAUCUGAUUUUGUUGCACCGAGUUUGACUCGGAAGUUGUGCUUUGGUUUGAGGGGUGAUUUCCAGGCAAGGGCUAUGGUGAUAUCUGGAGAAGAUGAUCUCCUGUCUCACACUAAUGGGGUUGAAGCACAACCUGACGCAUUGAGUUUUGGAACACUUGCAGCUGAUAUGGCUCCUCUUAGUAGCGGUUUCUCUUCUGAUAAUGAUGAAUACGAUCUAGAUUAUCCUAUUGAAGGAUUUUCUUCCAUUGCGGAGGCCAUUGAAGAUAUUCGUCAAGGCAAGAUGGUAAUUGUUGUAGAUGAUGAAGAUAGAGAAAACGAGGGAGAUCUUAUAAUGGCAGCAUCCCUGGCAACACCAGAAGCUAUGGCUUUUAUUGUCAAGCACGGAACUGGAAUUGUUUGUGUGAGCAUGAAAGGAGAAGACUUAGAAAGGUUACAACUUCCGUUGAUGGUGACACAGAAUGAAGAAAAACUUUGUACAGCAUUCACUGUCUCAGUGGAUGCAAAACAUGGUACGACAACUGGUGUUUCGGCUCGCGAUAGAGCUGCAACAGUCUUGGCCCUUGCAUCAAGGGAUUCAAAACCUGAAGACUUCAACCGACCAGGUCAUAUCUUUCCCCUAAAGUACAGGGAGGGAGGAGUUCUAAAAAGAGCUGGGCACACAGAAGCUUCAGUUGAUCUCGCAAUGUUGGCUGGGCUAGAUCCGGUAGCAGUUUUGUGUGAAAUUGUGGAUGAUGACGGUUCUAUGGCUAGAUUACCGAGGCUUCGUGAAUUUGCAAAGGCAGAAAACUUGAAAAUUAUUUCUAUUGCUGAUUUGAUAAGAUAUAGGAGAAAAAGGGACAAGUUGGUGGAGCGGGCUGGAGCUGCACGGAUACCCACAAUGUGGGGGCCAUUUGAAGCCUACUGUUAUAGGUCAUUGCUAGAUGGGAUUGAGCACAUUGCUAUGGUUAAAGGUGAUAUUGGAGAUGGGCAAAAUAUACUUGUGAGAGUACAUUCAGAGUGUCUCACCGGUGACAUCUUUGGGUCGGCCAGAUGUGAUUGUGGAAACCAGCUGGCACUUGCUAUGAAACAAAUUGAAGCAGCGGGUAGGGGUGUUUUAGUGUAUCUCCGUGGACAUGAAGGUAGAGGAAUUGGUUUAGGCCACAAGCUCCGAGCUUAUAACCUGCAGGAUGAUGGGCGUGACACUGUUGAAGCCAACGAGGAGCUCGGACUACCUGUUGAUUCUCGCGAGUAUGGAAUUGGUGCACAGAUACUACGAGAUCUAGGUGUUCGUACAAUGAAGCUGAUGACAAACAAUCCUGCAAAGUAUAGCGGGCUCAAAGGUUAUGGUUUGGCCGUUGCUGGCAGGGUCCCGUUAUUGACACCAAUAACUAUGGAGAACAAGAGAUAUUUGGAGACUAAACGAAUAAAAAUGGGGCAUGUCUAUGGCUCCAAUCUCAAUGGUCAUGUAGAUGGCACCAGUGAUGAAAGCAGUUCAAGCAUUGGUAACCCAUCUAAUGGUGUCUCUGAGACAUAAACAGGUCCAUUUCAACUGCUGGAGCCUGUAGAUUCAGGCGGGUAACUGAAUGCCUCAGUUAUUCAAAUAUAUGACAUAGCUUAAACGUUUAUAUGACAUUUAAAAUGUGCUUAACGCCCUGUAGAUUGAUAGUCAUUACAUGAAGCUGCUGCGGCGCAUUGGAUAUAAAGGCUGGAUCAGAUUAAUUAUCAUUGGUUGAGGAUAUGGGAAUCCUAAUUGGAUUUUUUGGUAAACAAACAUGAAUUCUUUUUGUUUUGUUAUUUUUUAUCGUCAAAUUUUGUAUUUACAAUAUGACAGAUAAGAUUUAGAAGAUGUGGAACAAGUCCUUCAAAAAAAAAAAAAAAAAAA